CUUGAUGGUUUAAUUGGGGCAAAUGAAAAGGUAAACUUCUCCCACGUUUAUUCCAUAAUAAUCCAUUAACAAUAUCGUGUUACAACAGCCCCUAUUGUUUUAUUAGAAUCGCGAGAAAGGGAAAAAAUCAAUCAGUGUUUUGUAAAUCGUGUCUGAAAAGUUGAGUGAAAAGCACGUGGUGGGAUUUUUAUAAAGUGAGGUAUACGGCAGCGCGCGACCAACUCAUUUCAAAACGUCUUGUAGUCUUGAGGAGGUCAUAUCAUGCAAACAUUCAUAAUUUUAUCACUUCUUCUUGGAGCGGGUUAUUCCCAGCACCCUUUACUCGGCGACAUCCCAUCGAAAAUCCACAUGGAAAUCUUCGGAUCACCUCUACGAACCCCGUUUACUUUUCCAAGAACUCCAUCAACCCAAACAAACCCUCCCGGUAAUUCGUUUUUACCGAUUCCAUCAUUUCCUGUGUCAGCUUUUCCUGCAUCAUCUCUUCUUCAUCACCCCAUUAAUUUCGAUUAUCGAAACACUUUCUUAAACUUCACCGCAACUCAAGAAAGAAUCCCGCAAGCGCACGAACUUUUUGCCCCUGCGAUAAUAAAAACGCCGGCGGCUACAAAAGGACAAAUUAAAGCAUACAUGAAAGCACUUCAAGAGGAGGCCCAAGAAGAGCUAAAGGAGCAAAUGAAACUCCAAGGACAACAACAAGAACAAAGAGGUUAUCUAGUUUCUGAUUUAUUAGAAUCAAAAGCCGUUAGUUAUGUAAAUGUUAAAUUAGGUGGGAUGCAAAAUAUUAAAUAUCAUUAUUUGGCUUAAAAAGAAAAUAAAAUUUUUUUUGAGAGUUGAAAAUAAAUCAUCU